AGCCCAAGCCCCGCCUGUUGCUCAGUUGUCAGGAGCAGCCUAGCUGUGUGCUGCCCGCCUGCCUGCAGCCUGGGGAAGGGUGGAGGCUGAGGCGGAGGCGGCCUGGUCGGUCGGUGCUCACCCCCGCAGCUGCUCUCACAAGGUUGCUGGGCUGAAGGGGCGCCGCCGGGCCGGCCCGCUGCGGAUGGCGGCCGGCUCGGGCUCCGAGGCCGCGGUGGCGGUGUGAGGCCGGCAGCCGGGCCCCGCUCACCAUGCUGCGGCAGCUCCUGCACCGGGGUCUGAAGACGUGCUUCUACCGCUUGGGCUUCUUCAUCGGCAACCACCCGGUGUUCUUCGCCUCGGCACCUGUGCUGCUCGCCAUCCUGUUCGGCGCCAGCUUCAGCCGCUACCGGGUGCAGGACAACAUGGAGUACCUGUUCGCACCGCGCCACAGUCUGGCCAAGAUCGAGCGCACCCUGGUCAACAGCCUCUUCCCUGUCAACCAGUCCAAGCACCUACUCUAUUCCGACCUGCAGAGCCCGGGACCCUACGGUCGGGUCAUCAUCACCGCCCCGGGCGCAGGUAGAGGGAGAGGCGGCGGCAACCUGCUCGACCUGCAGCACACGCGGCUCAUCCUCCAGCUGCAUUCAUCUGUGACACGGAUUCAGGUACCAAUGUUGGGCUUCAACUACUCAUUUGCCCACAUGUGUAUUCUAAAGGACAAUAAGAUGUGCGUUCUGGAUGAUAUUGUGCAUGUGUUGGAGGAGCUCAGGGCUGCAUGGAUGCAGAACCACACAGAAAUCGUUAUCAGUUACCCAAAUACCUACCUUAAAGACGGCCGGAAGGUCUUCAUCGGACAUCAGCUGGGAGGAGUUACUCUGCAGAACAAAGACCGAGUGAAAUAUGCCCGGGCAAUGCAAAUAACUUAUUACCUGCAGACUCGCAAUUCCUUGAACGACUUGGUAGCAGAGAAGUGGGAGUCGACCUUCUGCGAGACAGUGGAAAAUUUCCAGAAAUCCAAUAAAGAGCUGGAGCUCUAUCCAUUUACAUCUUCAUCACUGAAGGAGGAUUUUCAGAAGAGCAGCCAGGUUUCAGAGUGGUACCUGGUGACUAGCCUGCUGGUGGUUUGGAUUCUAGCCAUGCUGUGCUGUUCCAUGCAAGACUGUGUACGCAACAAGCCUUGGCUUGGACUCUUGGGUUUAGUGACAAUGGCUCUGGCCACCCUCACGUCGGCAGGGAUUAUCAACUUAAUGGGAGGGAAGUACAACUCUACCUUCCUGGGAAUUCCCUUCAUUAUUUUAGGCCAUGGACUGUACGGCAUGUUUGAAAUGCUCUCAUCGUGGAGGGAGACCAUGGAGGACCAGCAUGUGAAGGAGAGGAUUGCCACUGUGUAUGCUGAAACCAUGCUGCCACUUACGCUCACCACUGCUAUGUACAUGGUAACAUUUGGCAUUGGUGCCAGCCCCUUCACUAACAUAGAAGCUGUGAAGGAGUUCUGUGUUAACACAUGCAUUUCUGUACUUUUUAACUACCUCUACCUGAUGGCAUUCUAUGGCUCUAAUAUGGUCUUCACUGGUUACCUGGAAAACAAUUAUCAGCACAGCAUCUUUUGCAGGAAAGUGCCAAAGCCAGAUGAUCUACGAGGUAAACCUGCCUGGUACAGGUUUAUCAUGAUGUCCAAGUUUAACGAGGAGGCAACAGCUCCAGGUGACACGAGCACCUAUGAAAAUCAUUUCCUGCUUUGGUUUCUGAAGCAGUAUUAUUGUGAUUGGAUUACAAAUACCUACGUCAAACCUUUUGUGGUUCUGUUUUAUCUAAUUUAUAUCUCUUUUGCCUUAAUGGGCUACCUGCAGGUCAGUGAAGGGUUAGACCUCAACAAUGUGGUGGCGACUGAGUCUCGUACAGUCUCCUAUCGCAUUGCCCAGCAGAGGUAUUUCAGCAGCUAUAGUCCAGUCAUUGGGUUUUAUAUUUAUGAACCGAUUGAGUACUGGAAUGCCAGUGUUCAGGAGGACUUGCAGGAAAUAAUGGAAGGGUUUGUUAGAAUAUCAUGGUUUGAAACUUAUUUAAAUUACCUUAGAAAACUAAAUGUUACCGCUUCAAUGUCCAGAAACUACUUCCUAAACACAUUGCGGAAUUCCUUCCUAAAAUCUCCUCAGUAUAACCAGUUCUUGGAUGAUAUCAUCUUGGUGAGGAAACCAAACAAUGAACUGGAGGUGGUUGCAUCGCGCGUGUACCUGGUGGCUAAGACAGCAGAAAACACCAGAGAAGAGAUUUAUGAUCUGCUGGAAACACUGAGGAAGCUCUCGCUGACGUACAAAGUGAAGUUUAUGAUUUUUAACCCUUCCUUUAUCUACAUGGAUCGAUAUGCUUCGUCUGUGGGAGCACCCUUGCAAAACUCAUGCAUCAGUGCGUUGUUUGUUCUCUUCUUCACCGCGUUCCUGGUGGCGAACUCUUUGGUGAAUAUCUGGCUGAUACUGACUGUGGCAUCAGUGGAGUUUGGGGUUAUUGGUUUCAUGACUCUGUGGGAAGUGGAACUGGAUUGCAUUUCUGUCCUUUGCUUAAUCUAUGGAGUAAACUACACCAUCGACAACUGUGCACCAUUCAUAUCUACAUUUGUCUUGGGCAAAGACCUAACCAGGACGAAGUGGGUUAAAAAUGCUUUGGAACUGCAUGGAGUAGCCAUUUUGCAGAGCAACAUUUGCUACUUGGUCGGUAUAAUCCCACUUACUUCUGUGCCUUCUAAUUUGAUCUGCACACUAUUCAGGUGUCUGUUUCUAAUAGCGCUUUUCACCUUUCUCCACUGCUUUGCCAUACUACCUGUGAUACUGACCUUUGUGCCGCCUUCUAAAAAGUGGGCAGAAAGGAAAACCCCCAGUAGCCCCGAGGAGAUUGAGUGCAUGGAGAUGGUGGAUCUGGAUGGCACGCGAGUGGUCGACCACAUCACCUCAGUCUGACGAACUUGUUCAGCUGGCCGAUGCCAAGGGGAUGGGGGGGCAACAGUGUAGAUGGGGUGGGGGAUAUGUGGCAGAGGGGAGAUGGGAGAGGCUAAAAACUGUCUCCAAGAAACACAGCUGAUAUUUUUACAAAGAGCCUACAGCACAGAUACAGGUCAUGUGGCCAAACUAAUCUAUGUUAGGCACCUCCCAUCCACUUUAUCCCAUCCUAUUAGUAUCUCCUGUCAUUCCUUUCCACCCUGUAUCUUCCAUUUAUCACCCAAACCACUCUGUAGAGUAGCCCCUGACUAACAAGGUUCCCACAUGGAUUUAAUAUGAUCCUGCAUUAUAUAAUUUGGUCCGUAGUUUGGGCCACUCCCACAUCUACCAUAAUCACCUUUGCAAUUAUCUAUACUCAUCAUCCAGAUUAUUGUGACCAGCUCUGGGCUGUAGUGCAACAAUUAGACACAUCAUCUAGGCCCCAUUAAAUGGAAUGGCUGCUUUUCAAGUGAAAGCCUGGUGAUCUAGCUGAGCUGAUGGACUGAAUACGCUGUGUGCUAGUUGCACCAUCUAAUCCCUGACAAUAGACAUCACUUUUGAACUAGGAAACUGAGAUGCCGUGAAAGGGUCAGAUUUUGUGACCUUUCAAAAGUUUCAAAAGUUAAAUAAUUCCAGCAUCAACUCUUGACGAGGCUGGUUAUUGUCGGAGGAAAAUCUAUAGAUUGGAUUAAUGAUUCAUGGAAAUCCAGUUUGAAUACUAGUUUAAGUUUAAAAACACCUUAACAAACAAAUUUGAUUGUUCAUGAAACUUAACUUACCUCAUUGUCCUGUACAUGACAAUAAGCACAUAUCAUGGAGCGAAGGAUAUUGUCUUGGAUUUUGAGUUAAUAAACAUUUUGAGGUGAAGUAGCAGAAGAUUACUCAGUCCCAAUGUACAGAUCCUUUGAUUUGGCACAAAUCUCAUAUUGAUACUUUUUCAAUGAAAUGAACUGUUAGGUAUUGCAAAUUUUAUUCAUUUGGACCAAUAAUGGACCAAAUCCUGCUUUUAUUUUCUGAUAAAUGUUGCAUGUUUAUCUCCUGAGCAAUUGCUGAUUUUUUUAAAUAAUUGGGGGUGAAUGAUAAGUUAUAAACUGCUAGUUGGUUUAUUGGGUGACUAUAACACUAAUGAAUUGUGUUCUGCACACAAAUCGUGAUCACACUGUAGUUCCGUAAAUAUAGAACUGCUACUAUUUUCUGAAGCUGCUGCCACAUUCUUUAUGCACUGAAUAUGUUAUGAUGAUGACCUGCAACAAUCUACCCAUUCAGAAAAGUGGACACUUUGGUUAAAAGGAGUGUCCAAACUUAUAACCAGCUUAAGGAAUUUCCCUCAGGGUGAAAUAUUGGGUGUUAUUUCAAAUUUCAUAUGUAAUCAGGAAUUUAAAAUCAUUUAGACUCUUCCUCUCAAACUUUUGCACCACGAGGACAUGUAGCACUUUUAUUUAUUUUUUAACAAAACCCUGUUUUUGGCCCAGAUAGCUUACUUCAGGAGCUUCUCGAAUUCCCAGGAACAACAUUGGAUUAGCACAUGGGAGAUGGUGCCCUGCAACAGACCUGUCACAGAUUGUUUCUGAGUCUUUACGAAAAUUUAGAAGGAAUUGUUUUGUAAAGGCAGCUUUAUUUUUAAGCUCUAAAUUGGCCAGUGAAAAUAUCCCGGUGAUAAAACAUUUUUAUCGGUGUCAUAAAUCUUGUCUUCAUUGCCCUACGCGUAAAGUAGAAGAGCACGGAGGUCAUGACACAACUAUAUAAAACAUCCACAGUGGAGAAUUGUGUGCAGUUCUGGUCACUGCAUAAAGGGAAGGAUGUGCUUGCACUUGGUGCAGAUGAGAUUCACCAGGAUGUGCCUGGGAUGGAGUGUUUCAGUUAGGAGGAAAGACGAGACGGACUGCAAAUUAUUCCCAUGGAGUAAAGGCUGGAGGAGUACCUAAUGCAGCUGUACAAAGUUCAGAAGAGCGUUGAGAGCUCAGAUAGUGUUAUUUUACUGCCAACCACUUCCUCUGGCAGCUAAUUCUAUAUCCCUGCCUCCCGCUGUUAAAGUUGCCCCUCGGAUUGCUUUUUUUUUCCCCUCUGACCUUAAACCUAUGCCCUCUAGUUCUUAAUUCCCUUACCCUUGGUAAAAGAUUCUGUGCAUUUACCCUAUUUAUUUCCCUCGUGAUUUUAUACACAUCUACAAGAUAACCCUGUGUUCAAGAAGGAACUGCAGAUGCUGGAACAUCGAAGGUACACAAAAUUGCUGGAGAAACUCAG